AUGGCUUCACUGAAUUCAGCCAGCCAGCCUUGCACACUGGCAAGCCUCCCUCUCGAGCUUCUCGCCCAGAUCCUAUCGCUGCUACCGAGCCUGGUCGACCUGAAGGCGGCCGUGCAAGCGACGUCCAUUUUUCACCAAGCGUAUUUGUCGGACCGCAAGCGCAUCCUCUACGUCAUCUUGCACGCUACUCUCGGCAACCGUGUAUUCGUCGAUGCCUACGCUGUGCAGACGACCUUGCACUUUCAGCACCUAGACUACCUCGCUCGGCACGAUGCCGUAGAGCACUUCGUCACGUUCAUCCAUCAGAGAUACCCGGUAUUGCCAACGAACACCAUCCUGCAAUUGCCCGAAUGCAGUGUUGAGGGUCUGGCUGGCAUAUCAAGCUUCUUUUCCUCCACCAUCCGGCCGUUGCUGCAGAACGUCUUCCAAAUGUUCCUGCAGAAGAUCCCUCUUGGUGUAGAGAUUGACCCCAUCAGCACCCUGGAGACGAGGCAGAUCAUGCGAGCCUUGUAUCGCUUUGAGCUCUGGUGCAGCCUGCACGGCGCCGGCUCCGGUACUUCCCCUGACUAUCCCCUGCUUCUGCAUGCUGGUCCAGUAAAUCUUCUCAUGAACCUUUUUGAAGUCUACGAGCCGUGGGAAUUAGAGGAGAUUGCCUGUAUUUACACGCUGCUUCAUAAGAUGUACAAAGGAAUUUUCGAUGACGUCAGAGAACGUUUCGAAGAAGAGGACAAGGCUCUCGAAGAGGCGAACAAGGCCGAUGCGCACGAGAGGUACUUCUUUCCGGUCCGACGCUCGCUGCAUGUCGCUACGCACCAAAGUACCUUCCCGGAACCAACAUAUUGGCAAACCUUAGGCAUUCCUCGAGAGGAUUGGAGAAACGGGGCCCUUUCCAAAGGCUUGAGAUGGCACUUACGGGUUAUGCGGGCCAGUGAUGUCUUCGCGAAGCUACGCAUGAUACUGUCUGAGGUGGCAUUCUUGGCUGAUGAGACGUCCUUGGCACGAGCUCUGUCUUGGGAAGCGCAGACGCACAGGCGCCAAGUGCAGCCGUCAUCGCGAGACGGAUUAGAGCCCCCCGACCUUGUGAGAAUCUCAGACAGACUGCGUGUGACUGAGCUAAGGCAGCUAUUGUUGCUUUUCGGGGACGGCGCCGAAGAUAAGCAACCGCUGGGAUGGGUCGUCGUGUUCCGGGGCAAGUAUUGCAACUGGUAUGGAGGUGUGCUGCCGUGGGAGUUGAAAUGCUGGGGCUGGGUUUUCUGGGAUAGUCAACGGCUAGAGAAAACCGGGAUGUUGGAGAAGCUUGCAGGGCCUUGGACCGGUGAACCCCCGUGGUAA